AUGGCAGUACAGACGCAGUUUAACUACAAGGUCAAGUUCGCUCGACACGAUGGUGCACGCGAAUUUGCGGCAAAUUCGCUCAAGGCAUUUUACAAUGAUCAAGGAAUCGAGCAGCAAGUUACCGUUCAAUAUGCGCAUCAGACCAACGGCACGGCGGAACGGGCAAUUCGGGCAAUUGUGAUGAUCGGGCGCAGCAUGCUUCACUACGCCAAGCUGGACAAGUUCUUUUGA